UGGAACAAGUUUUAGCACCUAUGGUGCGCUUUAUCAAGAAUCAUAUACACGAGGGUGACAAUGGGAGAACGUUUGGGAGACGCCGAAAAACGCUAUUACGGACGAAUAGUAGACCUUCUGAACGACAGAGAGGAUGAAGAAGAGGCAGAGGGCACAUUCACGCAUAACGUGCUACAGCAGAUUCAAGCUGACGGUGUGUCGAGGGUGUUUUGCGACAAGGACGGUAGCCGAGCCGUGGAGCGACUUCUGCAAGUCUGCGAGUGCGACGCCUCGGGUCUCAGGGACCUCAUUGAGCCUUUAGCGUCCGAUUUCCGUAGCGUGGCCGAGGACCGGUGCGGUAGUCACUCCACUGAGGCCCUUCUCAAGGCAGUAGGUAGGCAGGUGAACGGCGGGAGUAGUGAUGGGGAAUACAAGACCCUUGAAACACUCUUUCUCCAAGUGUUCGACAAUAUAAAAUCUUCUCUUUGUGAACUCUUGACCCACCCUUAUGCCAGUCAUGUGGUGUGUACAGCGGUGCAGGUCUUGUCAGGUGUUUAUGUGGCUGAGCGUCUCACGAGAAGUCGAUAUUCGCGAGAGUUUCGAAAAGCCAAACUGCAGCCCGAGAGUCAACCGCAGACUGGGGCAGUGGUGGAGAGAUGUGUUUCAGUCCCCCAAACCUUCACGACCGCACUAAACAGUCUGAGUAGGUGUGUGUGUAAGCUCGAGAACUUCCCUGCACUGCUUGUCGAUGCUCGAGCCAGCCCGGUGCUACAAGUACUGCUUCGGGUUUUGACCGAGCGCUACCUAAACGCGGGACCAAGAUGGUUCAGAGAGUAGUCAGGAGCAUCGAGGAAGGCCUUGAAGACUCAGAUACGGAGGAACUGUCCGCGGUGUUCACCAGCAGUGUGGGGAGUCAUUUGGUUGGCGUGUUGCUGGAGGUGGCGACGGCCGAUCUCCACCAGUGGAUCUGGGAGACCUGUUUCCAGGGAAAGGUUCUGAGCUUUGCCAUCCAUCCGGUAGCUAAUUACCCCCUGCAGCAGUUCAUCUCCGUCUCUGACCCUGCUCAGGCAGGUCUGGUGUUGACAGAGCUACUCCUGCACCUGGAGGACGUGUUGUUUGCAGGUCACAGUGGAGUGGUAGUCAAGAUGGCCGAGCUGUGCCUGCGGAGCACUGACCAGCAGUCCGAGAUGAUGAAGACACUGCUGGUCGCCUUCCACGCCCAAGACGACCCCAAUACCUGCAUCCCGUUGUUUCUCAUGCUCACCGCGUACGAGGCGUACUUAGAACACGAGAAAAAGAGGGAGACUGACAAAGAGAUACAAAGAGUCAGUAAUUUCGUCCAUCGUACUCUUUGAUUGUUGCUGUGUUGAUUUUUUGUUCGACAGAGAAGUGUGCAUGUGCAGGGCUCGCUGCUGGUCCAGGCUCUUUUCAAGUACGAGAACCCGCGAGUUGUCGUUAGGAGUUUGCUGGGCAUGGAGACAGACGAUCUCAUGUGGUUAUCAUGUGACGUUGCCGGCAGUCAUGCCGUCGAUGCAUUCCUAAGUAGUUCCACUGUUAAAUCUGUCAAGAAGAAAAAGCUUGUUGAGAAGAUUAGGCCACAGCUUGUUCCACUCUGUAAGGACAAACAUGGCAGUCGUGUGAUGGACGCACUCUGGAGAAGUAGUGAAGUCACCGUGAAAGAGAGCCUUACCGAACAGCUUAUCGCCCACGAAGCAGAACUAACUGAGGAUUUCUAUGGACGGAUAGUCAUGAGGAACUGCAAUGUAGCUCACUACAGGA